GAGCUGUAGCUAUCAUUAUAUUAUUAUUAUAUAUAUAUAUAUAUAUAUAUAUAUAUAUAUAUUAUUAGUAUAUGACCUAAAAUAUUGACAUUAUUAUAUUAUUAUAAUUGAUUCCAUUGUAGUUGUUCCCUAAGAUUUAUAGGUUGUUUUGUUUUCGAUUAUAUAAUUCCUUAUUAUCAUUUUUAUUUAAUAAAAUAAUCAGCGAAUCAGUGUGACCCCACCAGAUUAUUUAAAUUUCUUUAGUUAAAUGUUAAAUCAUUGAACAUUGGUUUCACUGAUUAUAAAUAAUAAUUACAACUAUUUUUUAAAUAUUAACGUUAUUUAAAAUUUAACUGUCUAGUGCUUACUGCUCAGUGAGUUUCUAGUAGUGUUUGCAGCAUUGAAAAUCCUUCCCAUUGCCUAUCGCCCAGUAUUGUCUGCAGUCCUAUACCCUAUGUAUAGUUUCUUGUGUGUUUAUUGUACAAUAUUGAGAUCCAGAUGACUGACGUCGGUAUUUGAUGUCUACAACAAUUAAAUAUAGAACUUUGAUUAGUAAGUUUUAAGUAAUUCAUUUUUUUUUAUACAAUAGAUGUUUGUUUACAUACUUUUAUUUUUUCAACAAUAGAUACAUUGUUUUGAAAUAUUUUGACUUAAUCAAGAAAAGUUCAAACAAUUCAACGUCCUUGUUAAACUUUCACUAAUGUAAGUAAUAGAUAUGUAAUAAUGAAAAGUAAAAAGGUUUGUAAAAAUAUAAAUAUGGUAGAACUUAAAAAUAAAGAGGACAUUUUUAAAGAGUUACCUACUGCUUUAUUAUUUUUUUCCUAAUGUUUAGAGAAAUUUGAAGUUGUGAAUUCGAAGAAUGGUAAAGAAAUCAAUUAAUAAGUAAUACAAUUGUUUUAUUUGCCUACCAUGUUAAAAUUCUAGGGUUAUCUAUAAUUGUUCUUGCAUUUUCCUGGAAUUGUUGGGUGGCAGUGACAACUAAAUUAAAAUAUUCUAAUUUAAUUAGUUAACACUACAAAAUUGCAUGCACUCUGAUACCAAAUAUAUUAAUAUUUAAAUUAGGAUAGAAAAAGAUUGUAUCAUUAAAAUAAAUAUAUAAAGAAAUUAAACACUGGUGAUUAACUGCUGACAGUCUAAGGCAGUUAUUAGAGAGAUUUAUGAAAAAAAUUUGGUGUUGUAUAUGUGUUCUUUAAAGGGUUUUUGUUAAAGAAAUUUAUCUAAAUGCUAUAAAACAAACUGUUAUUUAUUACGAGUUUAUGUUGCACCGUUAAUCUUCAUGUCGGGGCCGAUAGAAGAUAAUCUGUUAAUAAUAAAAUUAUAUUGAUUCAAAUAUUGUAAAUAAAUUUUUAAAGUAUUUGGAGUGUUAUCAAAAAAGCAACAAUGUCAUCAGAGCUUUGUAAAUUUAUAUUUUAUUUGAUCCAUAUUAGAAUCGUUUGAUCAUAAGAUAUAUAUGGAUAACAACUAUUGCAUAGUUAUACUUUAAUGUACUAGAAAUACCAAGAACUCGUAUUUGAAUCUUUUAGUCAUAUUGUUAUAAAUAUAAAUAAAUCUGUAUUUAUGUUGUGAGUACAACAUUGCAGGUAUAAACAAUUAUUUGUCUGUGUUUGAGUAUUUAUUUUAAGUGUUUAUUUAAUUUGGCCAGCUUAUAUUCAUUAUUAAAAAAUUAAUAUUAAAUCCUUUUUGUGUAUUUAUAUUAAGAUAUUAAAAUUUUAAAAUGGUUUUUUAGUUUUUAAAUUAAAACCAUUUAACUUGAUUUGUUUCAAUUGAAAUUAAAUCUAGUUUUGUUUAUGUGAUAGAUCAUGGAACAAGAAUUAUAUGAGAUACAAUUACAACUAAAAACAAAAAAUGCUUUUAUUAGUGAACUCCAAAAUGAUGUAAUGCAACUACAACACGUUGAAGAUGAAAAUAUUGACCUUAAGUCAGAAAUUGUAUCCAAAGAAACAGACCUAAGGCAAUGGGCUCUAAAGGUAAGACAUUUUUAAAAAUAAAUUAAACUAGUAUAAAUUUACGUACUUAAAAAAUUGUAAAAUAAAAUUCAAUUAUAGUGAGUGUAAGAAGUAUUUGGAGACCCUAUGUUUUUAAAUAAAUAUACAAUUUUCAUGGUUAUCCAACGCUUACAUAAUAUUCUCUUAUGAUUUUUAAAUAUAUUUCAAUAACUUUAAAGAAAUAAUAAUAAUAAUUUAAUAUUUUAGUUACGUAAAGGCCUGUUCACUUAUAAUAAGUAUUAUUGAAAAACGAUGAGAUAAACAAAGUCUUAUUAUUCCAAUUCAGUUUUCUUUAAACUAUUGUUGUAGUACCAUCUACUAUAAGAUUGGUCAAAUAAAACAAAACUUGAACUAAUUUUAUGGUUCCAUAAUUAAUGCCAAAUACCAAAAAUUGUCAACAAAUCUCACAUAGUAGUGAGAGGUAUAAAGGAUUGUUGCAGUAAGCGUAAAAGUCCCAAAAAUAAGUAACAAUCUGGUCAUCAAAAAAAAAAUACAAAACCCUAAUAAAUGUAUAGGAAUACAAAAAAUGUAAUCUCAAUAAUACUAACCCUCUUAAAAUAUAAUAUUUAAAUAUACGUUUUUCUGGAGUAAGUGUCAGUGUAAGUUUAAUUAGAAAUUGUUUUAAAAACAAUAAUUAUGAUCGGCUUAUAGCAGUGGUGGAUCCAGGUGGGACAACAAGACACAUUUGUCCUUCCUAAAACAUUGUUGUGGGGUGGUAUGUUUUUAUCUUUCUUGUAAUAUCUAAAUUAAAGGACACCUGACUGUUAGUCCUAAAGCAAGUCCAUCAAAAUAAUAUUAUAUUUGGUUUAUUGGUAAAUUAAAUAUACACCAGUUCUUGGAUCCGCGCUGUCUUUUAAUUUACUAUUUUCAUAUAUUAUAAUACUUAGUUAAUGUAUUUAGUUCAAUAAAGUUAUGAAAUUUUGCCUUCCCCCACCUCAAAAAAAAAAAAAAAUAAUAAAAAAAAAUUGAGCUCUUGAUCUACCACUGACUCAUAGAAGAUAUUUUGCAAUUAAAGAAAUUGACAAAAGAGACUUGUUUUUACAAGAGAAAGUUAUUAUUCUGUUAAUGUCUGUACAAAAUAAUACUUACAGACAAUAGUAAAUGUAAUAUUUUUGGCUCAGAUAGAAGACAAAACUCGGAAAAAGGUGAUUACAGAGAUAAUACAAACUAAUAUAUUGCCUACUGUUAAAUAUGAAGAAGAUUCUAUAAUGGUUUGUGGCACAGGGUGUCAUAAAAUUACACUUAAUAACGACUGUGUAAUAAGAUUUUUAAUAAAACAUAAUUUACAAUUGUUAGUUUAUUGACCAAAAAAAAAAAAAAAAUGUAUUUAAAAAUAUAAAGAAUCUGAAUACUUUUUACACUCACUGUAUUUUAAUUUAAAUAUACUUUAGUAUUCCAAUUUAGAGUUCAAAUUAUUGGAACAACAGAAAGAAUAUACAAUACAAAUUGAAUCAUUAAAGGAGCAAAUAUCAAUUCUAAAAGAAUCAACAAAUAAAUCAAAAGAAGAUUUACCAGUGAAUCUAAAUGACAGCUUUAUUACAGAAUUAAAAAUUGAACUAUACAGCAAAAAGGUAUUUUAAACUAUAGAAAACAAAAAUCUCUAUACAGAAUGCAUGUUAUGGUGUAAUAUUUUUAAAUUAGGAAAAACAUGAUGAGUUGCAAAGUAUUAUUAAAAAUCAAGAAGUGGUUAUUAUUGAACUAGAACAUAUUAAACAAAGAACUAUUGAAGAGCUUGAUGAUUUUAAAAAACAAAAUGAUAUUAAAACAGAUCAAUUGAAUGAAUGGAAACAAAAAUACGAAGUAAAUAUUUAUCAGUUCAAAAGCUUCAAUAUAUAUUUCUUUAUAAUUUUAACGAAAUUAGAAUCAUAUUGUUAAUUAGAGAUAGGCGCAAUCAACUAAUUCCUACUAGUAAUUUAGUAGAUUAAUAUUAGUCGUAAAAUUUGAUGAAAACCGGUUUUUUUGAUGAAAAAAUAAUUGGUAGUCAGUAUAAAUAGUGAUUUGUGCUCAUUGCCAUCAUCAAUGUUGUUUACAGGCUUUGCAAGAAGAAUUUGAACUGCUCAGAAUACAAGUCAAUAGUAUAAAUAAUCAAAAUGAACAUAAUAAGCGAGGAAAUUCCUUAUUUGCCGAAGUUGAUGAUAAGCGACAAGCAUUGACAGCAGAACUAGAAAUGAAAAGAGAAAAAUAUAAAUCAUUAAAAAAAUGUUUAUCAAAAGCUAACCAAGAAAAUAACCAAAUGAAGGUUAAAUAAAAUGAGAAGCAUUAAUUUAAAAUUGAUUAAGUUUAAUUCAUAUAUACAUGUAUAUUAUUUUUUUUAGAUGGAAAUGAUGAGACUAGAACAACAAUUAAUAGAAACUGAAAAAAAUGACGAUUUGGAAAAAUCUACACUAAUACAAAGUUAUAAAAAUCGAAUAAUUGUAAGUGCAUUAAAAUUUGUUUUUAUAUUAACUUAUUGUAAGCUUGCAUUCAAUAAAACUUAUGAUAAUGAUAAAAAGAAACAAAUUUUUAAGUUUUAAACAUAUAAAAUAUUAUUAGGAUUUAGAAACAAUAAUUAGAGAGUUGGACAAACGACCUGAAACACCUCAAGUAUUACAAAUAGACAAUUUAAGCAAUGAAGGUAUGAAUGUUGUCCUCCAAAUUGUUUCUGAUGUUAGGUAAGUAAAUUUUAACUAUAUAAGGAUGUAUACAUUUUUAUUAUCAUUUUUUUUUUAUUUUAGAAAAGAAAAAAAAGCAUUAGAAGAAGAAAUGAACAGAAGAUCGGUGAGAGAUAUGGAAGCGCGGCAACAAUGCUUUAAAGGAGAAUGUGAAAAUCGACAGCUUAAAAAAGAAAUGAGAAAAGACAAACUACGAUUAAAAGAAUUAGAACAAAAAAUUUCUGAAUUGACUUCUAAAAGUAAUAACAUUUUAAAUUCUAUAUUGAAAUAAAGUUUUUAUAUUUUAUUUGAUUUUGUUAGUAACUGUGUUUAAUAUAUUAUAGCCAGAGAAAACCCCUAUAACCCCCCAUAUUUAAAUAAGGAUAAAAUAACAUUUAUCACACUUUUAUGAAUAUUUUAAAAUUAACUUGUUUUUACAUUUUUAAAUACAUUAUUAUACAUUGUUUGGUGUAUAGGUAGUAAGUGAUACAUUAUUUUGUAUCGAACUAUGUUAAUUUGGUAGUAUAUAUUUUAAAAAUAUAAAACUUCUAAAUCAUCAGAGAUUUUAUUGUGUUAUUUUCAUAAAAGACAUUUUUCUCUAUUUUAGAUAUCAUAAUAAUUAAAUAUUGUAUACUGUUUGUAGUGUCUUUAGACAAGGAAAACACAAUUGAGAAUAAACGUGUGGCUAAAGGAGUGCGUUUUAAUGACAAUUGUAAGAUUGAAGAUGGUGGUCCUUUGAUAAAACAAAUGAAAAAAAUUCCACCUACUGCUGUUUUAAACACCAUUAUUUGUCCAAAGUAUGAAGACCUAUAGUGUUAUAAUAAUCUUUAAAAAAUUAAUUGUUUUAAUUGUAUUUUUGUAAAUGUAAUUUUAUUUUAUUAUGAUGUAUAUUAUAUUAACACAUAUUUGUUUUAAACAAAAUAAUUUUCUUUAUAUUUUUCCUUUUACAAUGUAUUAUUAAAAGAAGUGUUAUAAUUUGAAUUUUCUCAUAUAAAAAUGAAAAUUAAUCAUAAAAUUUGAUUAACACGUUCCAUAUAUAUGGCACAUGAAAUUUGUCAAGCAUUAUAUUUUUAAUGUAAUAUUACUAUUGUUUAUAAAUUGAGUUCUUGUCAAUUUAGUAUGUGAAAUAACUCUUUGUAGUUGGACAAUUCAUUUUUAUUCUAGGUACACAUUUGUAAUCAAUAAAAUAUUACAAAUUAGUAAUUCUUGAUUUUAUAAUUAAUAGUUUUAUACAUUUCUUAUUCAUAAUUUAAUUACUAUUAAAAAAAAAAAAAAAAAAUGGUUGAUAGUUAAUGUUAGGGCUGAUUUCCUAUCAGCAACAAACAUCUCUGUUUUAACUAAAAAAUAAAAUAAUUCUAUUAGCAAAAGUGAAUUAUCAAUUAAUUUAAUUUUAUACUAGACAAAUAGUUAUUGAGAAAAUAAUUUCAAAAUUUGAAAAAAGCGGUUUUAUAGUUGAAAAUUGUUGAAUGAUGCAAAAUUAAAAAUUACAUUUACUUAUUUACUUACGAGAUAUUUAGUGAUUAUUUAUCAUUGUUUAGAGAUUGUUAAAUAUUCUUGGUUUUGUCUUGCACACAAGUUCAACAAAUUACCUAUGAUUUGUGUACAUAAUUUUCUAAACAUUAAAUUAGAAGGCCAGUAUUAUCUGGAGUGGCAAAAUCAUAAACAGUUUCAAUUGUGAAGGCAUAAACACGAAAAAAAGAUUUAACUAUAAUUUACUAGUAUACAUACAAUCACUAAUAAAGGUUACAAUAAGCAUAUGAGGUGAACAAAUAAUUAUUUAUAAUAACUGAAAGCUUGAGGAGAGUAAUUAUCCAGCAGUAACAUUAGACACGAUAAAAUGUUAACUACUUUAUAUAUAAAUAUUAUAAGUACAUUUUUUAAAUUUUUGUUUAUCAGUUUAAUUAAGCAUUACUACAACACCAACAUUUUUUAAAUCUUUUUAUUGGAUUCUCAGGAAUGUUUAUUGAGUUAAGUGCUAGGAUAAGUUGAUUCUGGUGGUUUGUAAGAUGAGAACAGAAAUGCUUGUAAGAGAAUGUGGCCACUUUGGUAACAGUCUAUAGUUCAAGAUCAGAAUGUAGUGUAUGAUUCAACUCAUACAAUGGUGCAUUAGUAAUUAUACGAAGUGACAUAGACUGAAACGUUAGCAUUUUGUAAAUGUUGGAUUUUUUUCCGCAUUCCAUAAUGGGAUACCGUAAGCCCAAUAGGUUUCAGGAUUUUGUAGAGCAACAGUUUAUUACUCAGGUGUAAAUAUACACCUCAAGCCAGCCAACGUUUACAAAGUCAUCUUAACAACAUGGAAGCGUGGACGCAUGAUAUUCCAAAUGGAAAAUACAAAUAAAUAAUGAAAAUUAUUAAGAAAAAUCUUUGCAUAUCACUUUACUCUUAAACAAGGCAUAGUCUAUUUGAUUUUUCUGUUAAAUAAAAUUAUACCAUCGAUUACUAGGGUUAAAUACUUAGGUCUGGUUCUUGAUGAAUAUUUAACUAAAGCCGAGCAUAUAAAACAAAACUGUUUUUUUGCUUAACUCUAGAUGAGUCACUGUGCUAAUUUUUUGGUAAUAAUUCCAAACCAGCAUUUUAUUUAAUAAUCAUAAUUUUGAUCUUUUGUUGUAUGAGAAAAAAAGAAUUUCUAAAUUUUGUCAUAAAGUUUUUGCUUUCAAAAUUAAAACUAUUUUAGACUUUUCUGUUCUAGAUAAUGCUAUGCAUUCAUUAAACUGUCAUAUAAUUUAUUGAGAAUAUUACCUAAUGCCACCUUUUAAACAUGUAUACAAUUUUACAUAAAUGAAAUUAGCUAUAUUUGAGUUAAUAUUUUCUUGACCACAGUUAAGUCUAAUAAAAAUAUAAUUAAAUUUCAUCUUAAACUAAAUGAGUAAAAUACAAAUUUUAAGAAACUAAUUACAUUUAGUAAAUUCACCAUUGAAAUUUUCUAUCUCUAAUUAUUAAAUACAUCUCCAUACUGAUUUUGCGACUGUGGUUGAGUGUUUCUCAUUUGAUCGGGUGGCGGAUAUGAUUGGUUAUCCCAUAUUGGUUGUGUAUUUGGUGAAGGUGGUGCCCUAAAUUUUUAAAAACAUAAAGCUUUAAUAUUAUAUUUAAGAUGAACUUCCAAUUAGAUAAAAAAAAUAUAUAUUUGCAUUUAUAACAUAUUUUUGACCAUAUACCAAUAAACCAAUGCUCAGAAUUUUAUUUCAGUGAUCGUUUAUUCCACAUUUGAAAUAUUUUAAUAAUCCUGAUAUCUAAGCGUUGAGAUAAAUGAAACAAAUUCUAAUCUCAAUGUAAAUAUUAUAUCUAGUUGAUUACUUUAUCUACCUGAAAAAUAUUGGACCCUUUUCUAAGUGGCGCGAGGAAUGUAUUUGUUUUACAAUGAUGUUUAUGUAUUUAAUUUUUUUCUGGACAAUUUUUCUACAAGUAAUCUUGCUCAGAUUUACAUUGAUAAUAUUUUUCUGAAAGAAAAUUAGACUGAAGAGGUACUUUGGGAGAUUUUUUUUUUAUUUGUCCAAUAAAUGGGAAAACAGGUACAAUAUUCAACAAAUAUUAUUAAAAAAAAUAUAUAACGCAUAUGUAAUUAUUUUAACAUAAUACGACAUAUAAUAUAUUGUUGACAAAGUAACACUAUCAACUGAAUUCUACUCAGAAUCGUGUUUUCCUUAGCAAUGGUUUAUUAUCGCUUACAGAUAUACAUUAAACUUCCCCUCUACAUCCUACCCAACUUUUAACCUAUAACAGUGGUUGUACCCAUCCUCAUUAUGACAGCUUUUUUUUUUAAUUGAAUUAAUUUUUUAUUACAAUGUGAUAUGAAUGAAGUUCUUAGUACAUCAUACUUCAACUAAUAAAAUUGUAUACCUGUAAACUGGUUUAUUUGAUUGUGUUCUUUCGUAUUCUUGUCUAUUACGAGUUCUAAGUUCAUCAUAAGAAAUUGAUGCAUUUGCAUUAUAACUAGGUAAUUGAUAUUCAGUUGUUUGUUUACUAGUCGAAAGCCCUAAAAUAAAGACAGAUGUCUAUAUAUUAAUAUAUUAAGAGAAUAUAUGUAUGUACUAAUAAAUUACAGAAAUUAACUUACCAUCGUAAUCAGGUCUAUAAUCUGUAUCUAACAAAUUCACAGAUUUAUGCAUAUCAAUAUCAAUAUCAGAUUUAUAAUCUGUUGGUAAUGAUUGACUGACAUAAUCUACAGUUUCGGAUGUCAUAUUUGGGGACAUGAUAUUUCUUAAAAGUAAAAAGAAAAACAAAUAUUUAUAAUUUUAUUAUUGAUUCAUAAAUAGUGUUAGCUUCCUAGCAAAUCCCACAAGUCAUUUUUUUGUGGUUAGUAAACAACUUUUCUUCUACAAAUGUUAUUCAAAUCAAUAACUUAGUGAGUUAUUGUAGCAUGUUUAAUCUAGUUGGUGCAUUGGGAAACUUUAUGUUAUGAAUUUCUUUAUAAUUUUUUAAAACUUGUAAAGCAGACUUAAAAGGAUUUGCUGAGUAGCCAAAGAUAUUUGCAUUACCCUUCAUUAAGUCCACCCUGUAAUUUUGCUUUGCGUUCCCUUAAAACUCUUCCUAUUGGACUAUUAGGAAUUUGCAUUAAUUUUUCUGCGCAUAUAGUUUGAUAAGAAUAUUUUCCAACCAUGUAACCAAGUAUUCCACCAACCAAUACUUUAGGCCAUGGUCCCCAUUUUACACUUGGUUUUAAAUAGCCUGCAAAUAUAAAUCAUAAUCUAUUUUAAAUAGAAAUAAUAAUAACAUAAAUCUUAAUAUAUACAAAAUAAUAAUUAGUAAUUUUACUUAGAGUCACAGAUAAAUUUAAUAUUGGAUACAUUUGUUAUUAUAAAAAUUAUUAAUUAAAAGACUCAUUUAAAACUACUGGCUUUAUAGUGUUGAUCAAAUUAGACCCAUGAAUAAUGUUUAAAUAAUGUUUUAAACAAAAUAAUAAGAUGACUUACCAGCAUUCACACCUAAGUAUGACGCUGUGCCCAAAAUUAAAGAUAAUGGUAAGCUUCUUUGGUAAAAGCUUUCACGAUUGCAAUCGUUCAUGGCUUUCGUUUCUUCUGGCGAGAACUGAUAAAACUAUGUAGAUUAGAAAAAAAAAACCAAAAGUUUUAUUAGGAUAUUUACUUUAAAAAAAAACGAACAACAUACUAUAGAAUCUGGCCCUGGUAUCCCUUUUGAUUGCUGCUGAGGUGCACUGAAUUGUAGAUUCUCCAUUUCCAUGUAGUGUGAUCAAAUUUUUUUAACUUGGACAAUUAAUUAACUUAUCAACCAAGUAUAAAUUUCAAAAAUUAAAUAUAAUUAAUUAAAUCCAUAUAUAAGUAUAAAUUAUAAUUAUAUAGGUAUGUAAAUAACUAUGCUGUAUGAUGAGAUAAAUUUCUUGUUAGACCUAUGGAUAUAAUAUCUACAGUUAUUGACGGAUCAAAACA